AAUAUUGACCAUUUUAUCAGUACAGUCUGUGCAUCUGAAAAUAAUUUAAUAAAUAUAUUUAAUAAAUAACUUAACUAUUCAACAAAAUGAAUCCAACAAUUUUAGUAUGUUUUAUUGUUGUAAUCGCUUCAGCAGUAUGCAUUCAAGCAAUUCCUACAAACUUGGAACCAAUCGGUUUGCCAGAGCCAGUUGAGCCAGAACAUGGUGAACGUCAACGCCGUGUUACAUGUGACUUGUUGAGUGUAGACACACCCAUUGGCUCCCUAAAUCAUGAAGCUUGUGCCGCUCAUUGUUUAUCCAUGGGUGGUGGCCGCCGUGGAGGAAGAUGUAUUAACGGUGUUUGUAAUUGUAGAUUUUAAUUACUAUUCCAUAUAAAAAUAAAAAAAUAUUAUUUAU